UUCUUGCAGUAUACACCUGAUAAGUAAAAUGAGAGGGGGAUGUCCCCGAACCGUCCCUCCCAAGCUGGUAUGACUGUACUGGGUGACUUUGCGUUACCAUAGAUACUGCCAUAGCAGUAGGAGUCGCAGAGAGUUGCUCAGUGCCAUCUACAGGCUGUUUGCAAUGAAAGAUUCAUCACUCGGAUGGCGAUGCACAUAUAGUCCUUGUCAUGACAAUGCUCAUGUCAUUUAACAUUACAGCGUGCAUUAAAGUCAUUGCAAUGCUGGGGACGACGUAGAAUACGACACAUCUACUCAGGCCAACUUCAGCAGCUUGGAGAAUACCAGCAGCUGGUAAACACGAUGAUGCCACAUCCAACAGAUCACGCUGAUCCCAUAGUGAUUGGAUCUAUAGCUGGGUGUGGAACACUCAUCGCAGCUCUUGUCCUCGCGGCAGCGUGGUUUAUUUGCAAGAAGAAGCGUCCACCUUUGUUCCUAGAUCCAGACCAGAUGCAGUUUACUCAUGACUACCUCUCUGACAGGAACAUCCACAUCAGCCAGAGUACCCCUGACCUCAUCGAGGUCAACCAAACCCCACCAGAACCUACCAGUAAAAAGUCUCCAUCGAAAAGAGGUAUAUUUCAGAUAAGUUCUCGGCAAUGGACACUGCCAACAGUUCCCCAACGUCAUCAAACAUUCCAGCGAAUGCUUUCACAUCGCCUUGACUUAUCCAAUAUUGAGUUCUCUGUACAGAGCAUCAAACAUAAAGAGCAACCGGAACUUGGAGCCAUUAAACCAGAACUUUACAAACAGGCAUCUGUUGAUUCACUAAGGUCGGAACAUACCCCUUGUGGAAAGUUAUUCUUUAGCCUGAAGUACGUUCAAGAGCAGGGAAGUCUUUUCGUGAGCAUUAACCGUGCGGAGAAUCUUCCUGCUAAAGAUUUUUCAGGAACGUCAGAUCCUUACGUGAAGGUGUAUCUGUUGCCUGACAGAAAGACGAAGCACCAAACCAAAGUUCAUAGGAAGACUUUAACUCCGGAGUUUAAUGAAACAUUUGUCUUCAGCGUGAACUAUGAAAACAUCCCCUCACGGACAUUGUACUUCAACUUGUAUGACUUUGAUCGUUUCUCACGCCAUGACCUCAUUGGAGCAGUGGUAGUCAAAGAUAUUCUCAGCGAAGGGAGUUUAGUCAAAGAAACUUUCUUUGUCAGGGAUAUUUACGUCACACAACAGGAAAAGGCUGACAUCGGCGAGGUGAUGUUGUCCCUGUGCUAUCUACCAACUGCUGGAAGACUGACGCUCACGGUUGUCAAGGCGAGAAACCUGAAGGCAAUGGAUAUCACUGGUUCCUCCGACCCUUACGUUAAGGUGUCCCUGAUGUGUCAAGGCAAAAGAAUCAAGAAGAAGAAAACCUCCGUUCAGAAGAAUACUCUUCACCCAGUAUUUAACGAGGCUCUUGUGUUUGACGUCCCCCAGGAAAGUGUAGAGGACGUGUAUCUUAUUGUCAAGGUUGUGGACUAUGACAGAAUCGGGAGUGAUGAGCUGAUGGGGAGUGUUGCUCUUGGACCCAAGUACAACGGCCUCGGGCGCGACCACUGGUACGAGAUGCUAGAGAACCCCCGCAAACCCGUGGCCCAGUGGUAUCCCCUGCAGGAACACCUCCCUGCUCCUUCCAGCAUGACCCCCAACGGCAAGUGCUGUCUACGCCAACGCCAAUCAACGGAAGACUCUAAUGACGGAAGCAGCGUGAUGUGAGCAGUCAGCCAAUCAGAGCCUUUGUUUCACUUCACUUUGCGCCAUGUUCGCAUGACAACCAAUCGUACGGUUGCAGGUUGCAGGUACCAGCCAAUGAGUAUCGAGAUGGCAGAGGAAGUCACACGUUCAUCUGGCGAUGAUAACGUUGUGGGGAUGCGGUUCAGGACGGUUGGGAUUUUGAAACGUGCCAGUUUCUGCAUGAGCGAUCAGCAUGCCAAAAGGGCCUGAGAACCAUGGAUGGACUUUCAAGAAGAUCCGUUUUGCAUUAAUACUUUCUUUGUAAAGGUAUAUUUGUUUGUUUGGUAUACACUAUAUAGUAUGUGUUCAUUCAUUAACAGUAGCUGUUCUAGAUAAUUGUGCUUUUGGAUUAAGUAUAUUUUUAAUCAUUUCCCUGAUAUAUCAAACGUUAACUGUCCUUAACCACAUACAGAACACCUUAGCUACUUAUCUUAUCAUACCGAUACACCGGUAUCAUUUCUGUAAUCUGUUCAUAUUUAAAAUACAUUUCUGAUGAGUGUAUUAAAUGACAAAUAGACGUUCUGAAUUGAGUUUAUUCCAUUACAGGUAUUUAAGAAAAAUAUGCACAUUCCAAAACAUGUGACUGUUCCAUACAUUCUCGGUGAAAAACGAACUGGUGUAUUAUUCAGUAUCUUUAACAUUUCGAUUAUUUUCGAAAUUUUCUUAAUAAUGUUUGCAUUUUCUUUGCAAGUUUUUUUACUAAUAGCCUUGUUGUUGUAUGAGUUAUCCAAACCGUAAGCAUAUGAAGAUUAGCUGUGGAAUUAUAACAAAUGCCCUUUGAGUAUAAACUGAAAUAAACCAUUUCUCUACUACAGAAAACUGACAUUUUGCUUCGAGCAUAUGGAUUCUUCCACAGUAGUAUCAUAUUACGUAUUUUUGUAUGAGUGAAACGUACAAGAGAAUAUGUAGGCAUUAUUGAAAACGGACUUUUCAGAACAACAUUAAUAUAUUAUUAAAGGUAAAUAGAAUGUCUAUUAGAAGUGAGGUUAGAAAUACCAAUAAGGUCAGUUAUUCAUGAAUAUAUUAUUAUGUUAAAAUAGUCAUUUUCAAUUCUGUGGAGCUUUAUGCGUAUUUGAUAAAUUUCAAAGAUGUUGUAAGAGUAUUAUUAUGUCAUAUAUCCAAAGUGUACUUGUGCUAUACACAUGCAAGAAUUGCCCAAGAGGCAUGAUAUUAUGAGUAUAGAAUUCGAAACAUCCUAAUAAGGUCGUACGAAGGUCACAAUGAUCAUUCGCUUGUUUGUUGAAAAUCAUUUGAUUUAUUGUUGAUUAAUAUUAGAUUAUAUAUAUGUAUGAAUUAUUAGUCGUGCAGUAUUCUGAACCAAUGAAAUGUGUGAAUUUAAAUUCAAAGUAAUAUAUAUUUUUCAACAUGUGACCUUCGGCAGAGUUGGUUAUGGUUAUCGUCAACACAUUCCGUGUUAGUUUUAUAUUUUGAAUACGUAUUUUACACUUUUACAUACUAUUACCGUUUCUAUACACGUGACCUUUUGCUAUGUUUGUUAAUGUUCGUAAAUUGCACAUGUGUACUUUCAUAUAUUAUAACCAUAUAUACAUUCUCAAGGCUUGCUCAUCAAGUUAUUUGACUCUUUACGGAUUGCAGAUUAUUACUUUACAAACAACGUCUUUACUAAUGAUUGAAACCCUUUCCGUUGCAAUUGGCACAUUUUGUCGUCUCAAGUUGUAAAAGCUGUCACAGAAUAUCAAGCUUUCUGUGUUCCUUGGCAAGCAUUGAAUACCAUAUCAUCAUUGUGAUAAUCCUUUCAUAUCGUUGUAAUAAUCCUUUCAGUCGGGACGAUCUACCAUCAGUGUCUAUAACAUAUUAGUCAUACAUGAAUACUUGACAUCGACAAAGGCACUUGAAACAUUAUAUGAUAUACGAGGGGUGUUCAUUAAAGAUUUCCCCUAAACUACUUAGGGUUAUCAUAUUUGGUUGAAAUUGCACAUGUGUAAUGAUACAUGUAUCUGUGGGUUAUGUCUGAAUUUGC